GCUAUAGAAACAUUCAACGCCAAUGUAUAGUUGCUUCCUUGGUAACUGUGUACACUCAUUCAUUCCACGUCUACUGCAAAGAAGGAGUUUAUCCAGAUAUAAUCGCUAGACGCGAAGAAAAUAUACAAAAAAUGGCUUUAACGGACCCAAAACUUCCUCCACGCUUUGCAGUUUCCGACUGGCACACGUCAAACACGGUUAUAAGAACAAACGCUGAAAGACAACGCGAUGCUUCUCAUCGUGUUCGACAAGAAAGCCGCUUUUUGAGGAACGAGACAGAUAACCACACUCGCUGGACGCAACACGACAGCAACACGAAGCUUGAAAAGAGGAUACAUGACAUAAAUAACUGGAAGAAGAGCUUAGAAAGAUGUCUUGCCGAGACAGACGCCGAGAUCGCUCUGCUGCAGCAAGAAAAAGAACGCACUGAACUAGCGCUGGAAGCAAAGAAGGUUCCCCUUGAUAUCACCCUAGAAUGUCUUAUGCUCAGAGAAAACCGGCAAAAUAUUGAUCUUGUUCGAGAUGAGGUUGAAGCUCAGCUUCAUAAGGUGAGAAUGACUGGAAAAUCAUUUUUUGUUUGUUUGAAAUCGUUAGUCUCAAGGUAUGUACAAUGUUAUGAAUCACGAUGUUUAUUAAUUUUUUGUGUAAAUGUAAACAUUUCUAGAACAAAGACUUUUCUGAUCUUCUGUUUCACUGGACGUUAAAAGUAAUUUAUAACGUCCCGCGAGAAGCUGUGUUGAGCAAUUUGAGUUCAACUGCCAUCAUGAAAAAUUCUAGCCCAAAACAUUUCAGUGUGUCCUACCAUUUCAUAAAAUUUUUGUCGGUGCGAUGACCGGUAACUCAAUCUAGCGAAUAUUAUAGAGAAAACCUGUGUAAUUAUUGUCAUAAAUGAAUUCGUUUUAUUUCAGGAAGUGGAGGUAAUUGAAGGAGCAAAAGCUCUUCUACAACAGAAAGUCAAUGAAGCUGACGAACAGUUAUGGUAAGUUUAAUAAUAAUGAGAAGAAGAACAAAGGAAACAAGUUCUUAAUGUUGAGUGAGACAAAAAGGGCAGAAAUAUUGAAAGCUGUAAUAAAACAUAACUCUUAUUCUUUUUUACUUGACUCAGUUUUCCUUAUUUUCUUCUGGCAAAUUACUUUUGCAGGACAGAAGUAAAUUGCCUUUCUUAUGAAACUUCCCUGGGGUGAGAGGGGGGUGCUCAAAAAUGUUUUAUAUGCGGAGGCUCUGCUCCGAGGUCCAACCCCUUACCCUUUACCAUAUUUAUACCAUUUUAUAUACUAUUUUUGACAGAAAAGGUACCCCUUUCAUAUACCUUCUAUCAACAAAUUAAUGGUACCCAUUUAGAACUUUAUUUUAUUAGCUUCGCCAAAAACAAACAAACAAACAAACAAACAGAAAGAACGUUGGCAGGGACACCACAACAGCUGUGGCCAAUUACAGCGGGCCACACUACCACUACAUCUCUAUAACUGCUGUUAGCACAAUUUUAAAAUGAAUAAAUCACAAAACCAGACCAAUUUCUCAACUUUUUGACAGCCAUAAAAUGCACCUGUUAGCUGAUUUCCCUUAACCUUUUUGUAUACUUCAAAUAGUGAAAUUACUGCCCCUAAUUCAUAGACCUGAAGCCUGAAAAAGUACCCCUCUUGGGCAAAGCCUCCUGUAUAAGUUAUUAUAUAGAGUACCCCCCACCCCCCAACAACAUGGGACUUCCCUAUUUCGAUGCCUGAUUCACCCUCUGUAAUGUUGUCUCUUCAUACAAUGUCUAUCUUAAAAUAUUAUGUGGAGGUGCAGAAUGCCCUACUGCAAUGAUAUAAGACAACUGGGGGACAAAUCAGGUACAACCCACCCUUGUUUCCCCGGUACUUAGCUGCACAUCACAUUACCCAGAAGAAAACAGGUGCAAAACAUUAUUUGACCACAAUAUAAACACUUAAAUAUACCAAAUUCUGGCAAGCCAUACUAUUUUAAUAAAGAAAUCCUUGCAAUCCAGUGCAAAUCUUUACUCAGCAUAUUUCAUGAACUAGCUGAGUGAAAAGUCAAUAAAGAGGAACACAUUGUUCUUUUUCUUUUGUAGCCUCCUUCAAGAAGCACGUCAUCAGCUUCAUCUUGACAUCACAGACAAGCAUACAACUCUAGAGCUUGAUGGUGAAUGUUAUCACCUAAACAACAACUCAGCAAACAUUGGCUUUCAAGUGAAUCCCACACGUACUGUCAAAGGAAGCGUCACCCCAGAGACCUGGGAUUCUUUUUCUAAUUACAACAAGUUACGUGCUGAGGCAGAGAUGAAAGCUUCUAAGCACCUUAGAGAGGCAAUUUUUGCCACUCUACAACAGACAGCCAAUGAUCUUGAAGCUCAGCGACAGGCUUCCGAAUAUGCAUUCCGCAAAAGGAUUCAUGAAACCAAUCAGGCCAGGUCAGAGCUGGAGUGGCAGCAAAAAAAUGUAAGUGUCAGAUACGAUAUAACAAUUACCAAUAUUUAUUUUUAUUUGGCUGGGUCUGUGAAUUGGCAAGAUGAUGCAAAUUCUGUGUUUUAAUUGGCUGCCCAAGCAGCUCAGAAUAUUAUUAUCGUAACACCAUCCUCAAAACUAUCCAAAGUAACAAAUUAUUUGAAAGUAUUUAUAAAUAGUUUUUUAAUCUAGAAUUACAACUAUUGGCAUACUUCGCAAAAAGGACAUGGACUUUGAAUUUGUCUCAGUCAAUACUUUUACAUGGUACUAUUAAAUUUUUGUUUUUCAUAACUCUACAGAAUGAAGUUAUGUUUAUUUUCACUUUGGCUACAUUUGGGAUUGCACCAUGUAUGAUGUCAAAUUUGCUCUUCUUUAUAGACCAUGGAAGAAAUUUCAACCCUAGAAAAUGACAUCAAGGGAAUCAAGGAAGCAAUUGAUGCUAAGAAUGCACCAAUGAUGGUAAGUUAUUACAGCAGGGAUUGAGGACAAAGUUUUCCUCCAGUCUGUAACAAGAGAGAAUAAUGGGACUAAGAGAGAAACACCCAAUCUAGCCCUUGACUGGAAUAUGUGAAUUUCACUCAAGUUGAAGGCUUGAAAUUAAUCAUCCGCAAACUUAAAUUUAUUCAGUGUUGUCAAGUAUCGUACUCUCUUAGUGUGUCACCAUUACAAUAAUAAUAUUAUUAUGCACUGUUUGCUUUGAGGCAGUCACAUGUAGACUUAUAACAUUUCAAACAAUCGAUGAAAAUAUGCGGACUUCUCAGGAAUUAGACUCCCAUUUAAUAUUGCAAGCUCUAAAAAUAGCGUCAAUGUAUUUUACAUAUCCCCGCCAACGCACUCAGAUUCCCUUCCGGUCCCUUUGUUUCUCUCAUGUCUAACUAACGGCUGUCAUACUGGACACAAGGUAACAAGUUUUUGUUACAAAUUCAGGUUGCACAAACACGUCUGGAGAACAGGACUUACAGACCAAAUGUUGAGUUGUGCCGAGACCAGCCCCAAUACCAGAUGUGCCAUGAGGUGGCUGAAAUAAGUGGCUCCGUCCGAGCACUGAAUGAGAAACUCAGAGAGGCCGAGAAUGCCUUGCAGGCUUUACGGAGCAACCUGGAGAGGAUUAACGAGGAUCUGGCUAUCAAGAACAACUCCCUUGCUCUUGACAGCAGAAGCAUGGAAGUUCGGCAGAAGAUGAAGGAAGUUCCUCACAGUAUGAUGAACACGGGAAGAGUAUUCAACACUAUAAAACAUUCAUCUCGUGUUCCCACUAUGGAAAAUGCUCCUUUUACUGAGGCACAACGCACCCAGUCACCUAUGCAGCUUACAUCCCCUCGAGCUACCAACACUUACACUCCACCUAUCACUGGAAGGAAGGUGCAAUCACCACUAGUUGAUUAGGAGUCAGGGCGACAUUUAAUAGUUAUUUAAGAGAGAAAAUGAUUGUGUGCAAAUUAGUACUUGGUGGGAAGCCUCAGAGAAUCUCAACAAAAGCUUGCAGCAAAAGAUUUGUUAAGUAGUAACCUUUUAUUAUUUUUUUCUCAAUGAUGCCUUUUUACAGUAAUGAAAAAGUAACAUUUUAAGUUGUUUUUGAGAUUAUAAGGAUAUAAAUAUAAUUUAUUUCUACUUUUAUUUCAACUCUUGCACUGUCAUAUUAUUGAAUGUAAAGCAAGCUCAUUUUAUUUGUAAAUAACUUAAUAAAAAUGAUCAAUCAGCUACUAAUAAAA